AUGGAGAGUCAGUGGUCUUUUGAGCUUACAGAUAGCUUUGUUAAAAACACAGCAACCUGGCAGGCUGUGAAUAAGGAAGAUGAAAAGUAUCUGAUUCAGAUCUCCUGGCCACUGGAGUGGUCAUCCACUGGAGAGCCACCAGUCGGGGAGGACCGAGCCAAUGCAAUUUACCUCACAGACGGCAAUGCAGUCUUUCUCUCAGCAACAGACAUCGUGCGGCGACGGCAGGUCCGUCAUCCCGAGGGAACUCCAACCAUAAUAAUCGGGAUAUCCUACCCGUUGACCGACAGCGUGUAUAGCCACCGUCGAAGUUACGAUCUCACGCCUCCCUGCGAGACAUAUGUGUCCCCUAAUAGCUCGAAUGGGGGUUCCCAAACUCCUCAGUACGGAGGCGCCGAUGCUUUUCUCCAUUUUAUAACACACACAGUCCACCAUUUGGUGUUCUCGUCAAUUUUCCCACAACUGACAAUCCGGGAGACUGCUGUUUUCGGACAUUCUUUCGGGGCUCUGUUUGUUCUCCAUGCACUCUAUACAGCGCCUUCGAGCUUCGAUACGUACCUCGCGGCUAGUCCCUCGAUUUGGUGGAAUGAAAGCUUCAUAUUGCGAGAAGAAGAGAGCUAUUACCAAACGUCAGAGGACCAUCAUCGGCCAAAAGUUUGGCUAGCCUAUGGAUCUCUUGAGCAAUCUCCGGUACUUCAGAGAAAUCAAUCAGAGGCAGAAUAUGAGAAAAGAUUAGCCGUGGCAAAGGAGAGACUUAUGGGUGACAAUUGUGAUCAUAUGUUCGUUCGGCUUAUGCAGAGUGGACAGCUGAGGUCAGUGAUCAGGAGGAAGUAUGAAGAUGAAGAUCAUGGGAGUGUUAUUGCAGCGGCAUUGAGUGGUGCCAUCUACUACUUCCUUGAUCAAAGCGAGGAAGAGUAA